AUGGUGUCUGCUUUAACUGAUUUUGACUAUGAUCUCACUGGAAAUGCUAUUCUUAUGGAGGAUACAAUUGAUAACAUGCAAUUUUGCUUUGUGGAGUCUAGUUUAUAUGAAUUUAAAUUACAAGAAUUAUUUAAAAUUCGUCAAAAGGAUAAAUUAAAUACAGAAUGUGAUUAUUAUUUAGAUAUUAAAGAUACAGAGAAAUUUGAUAAAGCAAUUUCUUAUUUGAGACUUGAUUUUUGUACACCUAACUUUCCACUGAUUAUAAAAGACGAAGAAUAUGGAUCUUCAGAUAAAAAUUAUAUUCAAAUUAUAAGAAACAAGGUGAAACUCAUGCCAGGUAAAGAAUAUCCGGAAUUUAUCUUGGGUAUGUGGUAUAUUGCUUUCGAUAUAAAUUUAUUAAUCAACUGGCUUCCUUAUGGUUCAACAUCAAAUCAAAAUGUUCAUCAAAGUCAAUCCAAAUUUAGUAGAGCUUUUAAAUUAAUUGAAUUUGAAGACAUUAAAGAAUUGAGAAAAGAAGAUUUUAAAGCAAAUAUUUAUCAAUUGGAAUAUUUCAUAAAGAAAUCUUUAAUGAAAUUCAAUCGUAAGGAACUAAUUCGUAUGCUUGAGAUACUUUUAAUGGAUUAUAAAAGUUCAAACAUAAAUUCAUGUCGUGGAAAAGCAAAUGAUGAUGAAGUUACAAGAGAAUCAAUUCUACGAAGUGAUUUGAAGUAUAAUAUAGUGAAACCUCUAUUGAAUUUUUUAUUUGAAUUGAUAAACGUUCAUUUUGAUGAAGGAAGUCAUUACAGAUUUUCACAGAUUGAUAGUGAUAAAAUUUUGAUUGAAACACCAAGUCAAGUUUGGAAUAAAAUAUCUGGUGAUAUAGGUGAAAAUUAUCCAUCUGAUUUAGUUGAUUAUCAAUUAUUUGAGAACACUAAAGAUAUGCAUAUUGUAACAAAAUUAAAAUCAAGACAAGAUUUAUCAUUUAAUUGCUUUGGUAUAGAAACGAUGACGAACCCUCAUCUUUUUGGAAAAUUAGAUCCAUCAAACAAGUUUAAAGAUUUGAAUGCAGUAUUCAGAGAAUCAUCCCAGCAUUUAAUACGGAACCGUCUUAGUCGUUAUAUGGUUACUGAUUUAAUUGAGGCUCUUUAUUUUGAAUUGCCAGUUUCAACAGAUGGUUAUUGGAGUGGGAAAGAUGAUCCAGAUCACGUUGUUUUAAAAAAAGCACCUUUAAAGUAUCUUUAUUUUGAUAAUUCAAAGGUUAGGGAACCAGAGACUUUAUCAUUUCAAUGUUUAAUUGCACUUCAAGUGUUUGAGCAAAUUAAAAAAAUUAUAUCAGAAAAUAUAAUUUCAUAUAAAGAAGUGAAUUGUCAUGAUGCUGAUUAUAGAAAUUUUGAUGAAUCUACUGAUGAGAAUUAUAACAAAUUCAUAUUAGAAUUGAUGAAGAAUGGGUUUAAGAAGAAGCAAGAAAUUACAAAAGCAUCAAUUAACCGUGAAUUUAACUCCCCUUCACAUAACAUCAGAUCAAAAACUCAAAAGAGGGUCAGACUCAAUCCAAAUUAUACAGACAAUCUUUUUAACUUGAAAAUUCAAAUGGAAACUGAAAAUUUUGAAAUUUUGGAAGGUUUUGCUUAUGCAAGUAGUUUGAAAUUAUUUUUAUCUUCCAAGGAAUUUUUGAAUAAAAUUACUAUUAGAAACCAAUACCAGGAUGAUCAAUUAUCAGAUCAAGUUUUUUGUAAAAUUUAUGAUUUAUUUCAGAUGCCAAUUUUAUUUAGAAAUUCAAAAAUUAUAUCAUGGAGUGAAGAUACACAAUAUGAAAAACUUGAUCAAAUUCAAAAAAAUAUUUUGUAUUCAUUAGAAGAUAAUAAUAUUAAAGAUCUAAAUGAAUGGAUUAAUGAUAUGAAAGGACUAUUUUUCCAAGAGAUUAUCGCUUUGAAGAAGAUUGAAGAUUGGAACUCCAUAAAUGAUGAGCAAAACCAAAUAAACACAGCAAAGUUACUGCAAUAUGGUUGGUUUGAUGAUUUAACUCUAGGAGAUAAAUAUUCAUUAUUUGGACCUUUUUUAAUACUAGAAAAGAUUGAUUUUAUUAAUGAUAAUAAAAUUUCAUCUUUUAAACGGAAAGAAAAUUUUAGAAAACAAAUUGAAUUAUUAAAAAAGGCAGGUAUUUCUCAUGAAGAUUUAAGUAAUAAAUAUAAUUAUUGUUUCAACCAAAACGAGGAGUGCUUUAUUGUGGAUUUUGGCAUGUCUACAGUUGAUGAUGUUUCAUUUUUAGAUAAUGUCUUUGAUAAGAUUAGUUUUUGGCCACCAGAAGCUUAA